CUACAAACACUAAUAUACUAUUAAGGCUAACUAAGCUAUUAAUAAUAGGCUAGAAGGUAUUUAAGGAAGACCCUAAGUACUAUAAAGUACUCCUUAAAUAAUAACGUAAACCCCCAGCACCCAGGCCAACCCAGCACCCGGGCCAUUUCUUGCCAAGACCACAACUAUUAAUAUUAACACGUAAUGCCUUGCCAACAAGAUGCGCAAUUAUCUAAACAAGAGGAAGCUCUCUGUCUCUGAGAGCGGCUGGACGAACAACGCGCUCAGCCUUGAGUGGCUGAAGCACUUCGACGCGCAUACAAAGGCGAGCCAGGUGGGGGCGUACAGGCUGCUCAUUUUGGACGGCCAUAAGAGCCACCUCAACCAGGAUUUUAAGGACUACUGCCUCAAAAACAUAAUCCUUACCCUCUGCAUGCCACCUUACUUAUCGCACAUCCUCCAGCCGCUUAAU